UUGUGGGAGGGUAUUCAGAGGUCAUUAGUAUAUAUACGUUUUAGCUAGACCUGGCAACCGUGGUGUAUACUUUAGAUACAUUUUACUCUAAACAGACACAAAUGACCCUGCGUCCGUCGGUAGUCACAGGGCGGUAGCUUUUGCACAACACAUUGAGUGCUAGCUAGCUAGCUAGCUAGGUAGGUAGAUUGCUAACCUUAGCUGUAUGACCUAGCUAGCAUCCAACAUCUGGUAGAAAACUAUUUUCUCAUUAUUUGACAUUAUCGUUGACAUGUCGGCCUUUUCAGAGGCAGCUUUGGAAAAGAAACUAUCGGAGCUUAGCAAUUCCCAACAAAGUGUCCAGACUCUGUCACUGUGGCUUAUCCAUCAUAGAAAACACUCGAAGACCAUCGUCAACGUUUGGUUCAACGAAUUGAAAAAAGCCAAGGUAUCCAGGAAGCUCACCUUCCUCUACCUCGCCAAUGACGUCAUCCAGAACAGCAAGAAGAAAGGACCUGAGUUCACCCAGGACUUUGCUCCUGUCAUUGUUGAUGCCUUCAAACAUGUGUCCAGGGAAGGAGAGGACCCCUGUAAGAAACAGCUGGGUCGGGUUCUGUCCAUCUGGCAGGAGAGGGCUGUGUAUGAGAACAACCUGCUGGACCAGCUCUCACACGUCCUGUUGGGAGAGAAGAAGGCCAAGAAGAGGCCGUAUGAGGAGAUUCAACUGGACGACCAGGACUUGGCCUCCCAAAGCUCCCCCGCGGAGCCCCCACAGACGGCAGAGUUAAUCCGGGCCCUGCAGGAGCUUGAGAAUGCAGCCUCUGGGGACUCAGCACUGCGACAGCGAAUCUCCUCCUUGCCUGCUGAGGUGCAGGACACGUCACUGCUGCACAGGAUCACAGAUAAAGAGCAGGGUGAGCGCCUGUCCAGACUGGUGGAGGAGGCAUGCAUGCUGCUGGCGGACUUCAGCGGCCGUUUGGCGGCGGAGAUCGACGACCGGCGGCAGCUUACGCGGACGCUCACCCUGUUUCUACACAGCCAGAGGGACGGCCUGGCGCAGAACGAGCAGAAACUAGAAGAACUGAGCAAGAUCACGUCUCCUGGUCUCUGUAUCUGCAGUGUAUCUGCAAUUCAACAAAUCUCUCUUGUAAUAAAGAAAAAUAAAUGAGAAAUUAAAACUGAAUCUGUGAGUGCUGUUAUUUGAUGCUACUUGUGUUUGUACUGGUGGGGAUUACAUUGCAUUACUCCAGUCCAAUUUGAUUGACUUUACUUUUGAGUGUCAUUAUAUUAAAUACAUAUUUAGCAUAAAAACAAUCAAACUUCACCUGCUAUGUUAUUACAUAAGACAUACAUUUUUUUUGAUAACUAAAACAUUUUUUUUUAAACCCAGCUUUGGUAGUCAUUGAUGAACAGAUACUUUACAUUGCAAAUAGUCAGUGAGGUCAUGACUUCAACAAAAUAACACAAAAACUACAUCAUAAAAAUGUACUUGAAUGCUAUUAAAAUGUGUACUCUUUAACAGUAGCCUCAAAUGUACAAUAUGAGUCAAAUGUCUUAUGCCUCUUAAACAUUUGGAAACUCAAUGCACACAAUGCACAGAGACAGGCCCAUGUGACAUUUGUCCAUUUAUUUGAAAUGAAGUGCAUUCACAGAUGGCUAGAGUGUUAUAAACUGAAUCUGAAGUUCAAAAUAAUAUUCUUACUCAUACUGGGGUACUUAAAAUGCCAUUGAAGGUAUUUUCAGCAAGUGUAAAUGAUAUUCAUAGUUUGAUCUUUUUUUUACUGGUCUGCAAAUAUGAUUUUGGUUUCUUCUCAAUUUGAAUUGUCAAGCCCCUGAACCAGGGGUGGGCAACUCUGGUCUUAGCGGGCUGCAGUAUGGGAAGUAUUUUGAUCCCGCUCAGCACUAACACACCAAAUCAUCCCUUGUAAUAAUAAAAGUAAUCCAUAUUAAUUUGGACCACAAUGAGUUUAAUCAGGUGUGUUAGCCUGGCUGGAAUAAAAAGCGGAACUUUGCAGCUCCCCAGGACUAGAGUUGUCCACCACCAGUUCUGAACACAUGCCUUCUAGUGAUGGGUCUUUUGGCUUUGACUAUUUUCUGGCUCACCUUGUACUCUGGGUUCAGGGUGGUUUUACUCCCCCACAUUGAGGCUAUGGGUUAACGACAUGACGGGGUCAAUGCUAGCGAAGGGGAGUCUGACACUUCAAUUGCUAAGGGGUUGUUUGUCAAACUGAGUCUUGGUUACAGGCCUUAGCAUAUCCUUGACUUGCCUAUAAGGUUGCAUUUCUCCCAUACUGUACUAUUGAUUUGGCUUUAAUGCUUAUUUGAAUAUUUAGAUUAGUCACACUGCUCUAAAAAUAGGAGAUAAGGAAACGCCUCUGUUUUUCUCUGUAGUAAAUAAAUGAAUGGAUCGAACACUACUAUUUCUGUGACUUGAAAUGUAAUGAAAGGAUUUCAUAGCUCACACCUUUAAAGACGGAAUGUUUAUAGUAAAGGUCCUUCAGAAAUAUUUACCUUGCCAUCCCUCUGUGAUCCUGAUGUGAGAGGUUGAUGUAGUAUGAUGAUGAUUUUUAGUAAAAAAAAUAAACAAAAUACUAACACACACUAAUAAUAUAAGACCACUUACAACUCACUUUUUCAUUCAAAAUGUUAUAUUUUAGCCACUUAUAAAAGUAAAUAGGGGUUCACAAUGAAACGGAAAUGAUUGAAUGUCAGUUUACUCUGAUGUGUCCAAGUUUCUUUGUAAAUCCUCCCUUUCCGAACCAUUGUGCUACAAGGUUCACAAUGAGCUACAAGGUUUACAGUGAACUCCAAAAUGAUGUCUAACAAUUGAACAGCAUAUCCAACUCCAAUUCUAAUGUACAAAAAAAUGUCACAUUAUUCCUCACAU